CACAUUCUAUGGCUGUUAAAGCACAGGCGCUUUAGCAUAUGUAGAGUUGUGUCUCGUCUGCUUCCUGUAGUCUUGUGUUUUAGCAGCCUUUUUGAUGUGAUGUGAUGUCAGAUAAGCGUCAGCGUGCCAGAGUCCAGGGCUCCUGGGCCAAACAACUGCCAAAACACUCCGGACCAGCAGGUGCAGUUCAAAACAACCAACGGCCCAAAAGUGUUAAUCCAGCCCCUGUUUCUUGGGGAUUUGGGUCACAGAAAACACUCCAAACUACAUUUGAGUUUCAUCAGCCCACCAAGUCAGUUAGACAUGUUCCACCGGAGAAGGUGAUUGAGCAGGCAGGUGAUUAUGAGAUCAGCCAUGGACUUUCAGGAGUGUCCAGACUGCGGCUGCUACCUGGGUUUCUUCCCUCAGAGGAGGCUGACUGGAUGUUCAGUAAGCUGUUAGCGGAGCUUCCCUGGUCCCAGAAGACCAACUACAGACAGGGUGAGGCGUACGAGGAGCCCAGGUUGACUUGCUGGUAUGGAGAGCUUCCCUAUACGUACGCUCGCUCCACCAUGGCUGCAAACACGCAGUGGCAUCCAUUGCUGUUAACCCUUCGCGAAGCAGUGGAGCAGGUGAGCGGAUGCAGCUUCAACUCGCUGCUGUGUAAUCUGUAUCGGGAUGGCCAUGACAGCAUCGGCUGGCACAGCGACGAUGAGGCCUCUUUGGGUGCCAAGCCCACCAUCGCAUCCCUCAGCCUGGGCGACACAAGAGUGUUCAGCCUCCGCAAGCAGCCUCCACCGGAGGAGAAUGGUGACUACACUUAUGUGGAGCGGAUUCGGGUUCCUUUGAGUCACGGGACACUUCUGCUGAUGGCAGGAGCCACACAAGACGACUGGCAGCAUCAAGUGGCUAAAGAGUACCAUGACCGAGGCCCACGCAUCAACCUGACCUUCAGAAAUAUCUACGCAGAGCCAGAGGGCCACAGGGCGGGGACCAAGCUGCGAUUCACAGCCAAGCGGCCGUAAAGUCCCCUCAGAGGCAGGUACUUACAGUGAAGCCAAACAGGACAAGCAGUGUGUGAACGUUAUCGUCUUUCUCAGUGAGGUUUGCAACCUCUCCAGCAGUUUGAAACAAGUCUAGAAAACAUAUCACUGAGUUACAGGCCACAGUGUGAAUAACAGAGUUUUGUCUUCCAACUUCAACCAGAAGUUUAAACCUGUUGCAUAAAUGAACCAUGAUAACACCGCAGUCGUGACCACUGGUGAUUAUCAGAUAUCAGUGUUUUCAGAGAAGCGAAGCAGAAGAAUGGGUGCUAAUGAAGGCUUUAAGGCUUGAUAAAAUGUCAGCUCUCUGUAUUAAUUUGACUUCUGGGAGAGUACAUCUCAGCAAACAGCACUGAGAUGUCACUGGGCAAGGCACUCUAGUUGCGAACAUUUAAAGUUUGCUUUGUUCUGGGGGUGGUACCAGGUAGCAAUGUCAGACAUGGCAUAAACAGAUGACAUGUCCAAAGCAAUAUAUUUUCCCUGGUGAGUCACUGAGAUUGAAGUUCUUGUUUCUUUUUGUUUUACUUAGCCAAACAUUUUGACCCACGUGACCUGUCAUGAAAGGUGUCUUCAUGAAAGAGCGUCCCUGUAAAGCGAGUCGCUGUUGAUGUGGCUUUUGGUGAAAUGUCUUAAAAUGUAAAUAAUUCCUGCCUUGUUAACCUUGGGGAGCUUUUUGGAGAAAACAUAGUUACUAUAAAAGGGUAGGAAUAAGUAAAGUGGCCACUUAGGUCCAUUACAGCUCCAUCAGGACUGGAAUUAGUUAAUCGUCCUGUUGAACAAGAUAGGUCUGACCGUUCUCUAAAAGAAGUAGCUCAGGUUUCUUAAAACCUCUGAUUCGUCAUGAACUAGAAUCAGCCAGAAAAGUUCAUUUAAUAAGUGCUGACACAUUUGUUUGAUGAAUACUUGAAGACAAGGAAACAGGAAAGUACUGUACAGGCAACAGCAAACCAUGCAAAUUACCUGCAUGUCCAUUGCAAUUGAAUGAUUUGUGAUUGUCUAGACUUUGUUGUUGAUCAACUGCGAAACAGCUUUUGUUUUCGUUUUAUUUGAAAUGACUGAAGGUACAUUGAGUAAAUAUUAAGUGGUAAAUCAGAUGGUUAGAAACCUGAAUUAUCCCUUUCCACCUUACCUACCUGGAUUUAUCUGUCUGUUAAAAUUAGCGCUAGCGAGCAUCUAAAUCUACAGAACAAAGUAUUAAGAUCAAACAAUGCAGGCAAAGCAUGUGCUAUGGACAACAUACAAACAAAUCCAACAGAUCAAACAAAAACAAGCUCUAUUUUUUUUAUAGAAAAAUUACUUACUUUCCAACAUGACACUUGCAUUCAAAAUGGUGUGAAUUGAGGAAAGUAUGUGUCUUCAGGGGACAUUAGAUGACUACUUUAACUGCCCACAUGAUGGGAUAUUCUGUUUAUUUUGUAACACUAAAAAGAGGUUCAAGUGGUGUCCUUGACUGCUGUGGUUCUGAAAUAAACUAUUACUUC